AUGUGGAACCCAGGCCAGCCCCUCGUCGCAACGGGCCGAUACAUGCUGACGGAAGCAUCGUGGAAGGCCAGGGCCAGUCAGCGACUCCGUCCACAGCAGGGCCGUGGGUUCUGGGUCUGGUGGGUUGUGUGCGGUGAGGCCGUACUCGGAAGAUUUUUCAUGCGAGUUGGUGUCAGGGGCGGCGGUUGGUUGGGGUCGGCAAUACUCGUAACUCUCCCUCUCCUGCCUGUGACAUGA